GGUCUAAUUAACGUAUUAUCUUCUGUUCCAGGUCAAAUGGUGGACAUCACGCCUCGCGAGGCGGUCAGACGAGUGGGCGAUGAGUUGAAAGUGCUGUGCAAGGUGCCCUACGUGAUCGACUCUUGCCGGAUGACAGUCGGGACGACAUCGUACAGACUGCGACCGGACCUCACGGGCGGUGACGUCAUCUACACCGGGAAUGGAUUCAAGUCGGGCGAGUGCGGCGCUCUGAUCAAGAACAUCAAGGAAGAAUGGAACGGCAACGUGACGUGCGUGCUGCCACCUCAAACUGGCAGCAUUGAAUUGGCUGGAGCUAUGCGCCUGGUCGUAGCCAGACCGCCCGGCGAGCCUCAGCUGCGAUCACCCAACGAGCCUUCCUUCGCUGAAGACACCAACUUUAUGGCGCAGUGCGUGGUACCUGAUGGUAGACCCGCCGCCAGGAUCAGUUGGUUCCUGGACAAGGAACAGAUCCUCCAUGGCACCCACCAGCCCAUCAUCACCUCGGAACCGGGCAGCGACCUUCAGACCAUCUCUCAGAACAUCAGCCGCAUGCUAACUGCUGAUGACGGCGGCAAAACUCUCACUUGUGUCGCGGAGCAUGAGGCUUUGGAUCAACCGAGAGAGGCGCGCCGUCAGCUGAUUGUGCACUACAUGCCCAAGCGUCUGGAAUCCGGCCCCAUCACCAUCUUCGGCCUCAAGCUGGGAGCCCCAGGGCUCCUCAAUGUGACAGUUAGGGCCAACCCCCCGCCUCAUGCCGAAUGGAGGGUAGGAGAUGUUACACUGGCUCCUGGAAUGAGCAAUGAAGGGAUUAGCGCUUUGGAACCCGUUCAUAUGGGCAGCGGCUUCUACAACAUCAGCUUAUUCCUGCCUCACAUAAGUAAAGAGGACGUGGACCGCAAGUACUAUCUGAGGGCCUCCAACGAACUCGGCGCACAGGAGUAUACCGUCAUGAUCAGCACCAUGGACGAGCCUGCUGGUACGUAUACUUGACACUUGGCCUUUUAC